GCCACUGCCGCAAGCCUCAGGCUCCCUUUGAAGCGGGUUUCGCCGUCUAGCUGGGGUUUCUGCCUUGGCCAAGAGGCCCAGCCUCAUCCUUCAUCCCUUUCUGGAGUCUGGUGCCCUGCUGUUACCGUUUCCACUCGGAUCCCUGCUCCUUCCCAGCUACCCUCCCUUGCCGGGAAGUCUCGCACCGAGCCCACAGCGCCCUGCUUGUCUCUGGGCUCGAAGUGCCCCAUGGCCAUGUCAUCCCCACCCGCACCACCGGCCAAGAAACGGAAGAUGAACUUCUCGGAACGGGAAGUGGAGAUCAUCGUGGAAGAGCUCGAGCGGAGCAAGCACCUGCUGAUCAACCACUUCAACGCGGGCGUGCCGCUGGCGGCCAAGGCGGCUGCCUGGCACAACAUCCUGCGCCGCGUCAACGCCGUCGCCACCUGCCGCCGGGAGCUGCCCGAGGUCAAGAAGAAGUGGUCGGACCUCAAGACAGAGGUGCGCCGCAAGGUGGCCCAGGUCCGGGCCGCGAUGGAGGGAGGCAGCGACGGCCAGGAGGGCGGCGGCGAGGGCCAGGAAGCCGAGGACCCAGCGGGCGCCACCGCAGCCCCUGUGAUUCUGACGCCCAUGCAGCAGCGCAUCUGCAACCUGCUGGGGGAAGCCACCAUUAUCAGCCUGCCUGCGGGGGACUGUGCUGCGGACGGGUCCGAAAUGCCUAUCACGGCGGCAGCCACUACCGUCACCCUUACUCAGAUUCCAGCGGAGACAACGUACCAUAGCUUGGAGGACGGUGUGGUGGAAUACUGCACAACCGAAGCUCCCACGACAGUUGCCGCAGAAGCCCCCUUGGAGAUGAUGGCUCAGCAGGCGGAGGUUUCCGGGAAGCCCCAGGAGUUGAAGAGCAGGAUUGCCCUGAACUCUGCCAAGCUUUUGCAGGAGCAGCGGGUGACGAACCUGCACGUGAAGGAGAUCGCCCAGCACCUCGAGCAGCAAAACGACCUCCUGCAGAUGAUCCGCCGCUCUCAGGAGGUGCAGGCUUGUGCGCAGGAGCGCCAGGCCCAGGCCAUGGAGGGGACACAGGCCGCUCUGAACGCCCUUAUUCAGAUUCUUCGCCCCAUGAUCAAGGACUUCCGCAGGUUUCUGCAGAGCAACACGGCUGCCCCGCCAGUGACCACAGACCAUAGCCAAGCGGUGCAGAACAGACAAGAUGGCAUCAUUCAGUGAGAUCCACGCCCAGACUUGGUAGAGGGAACGGGCUCCCUUGCCAGCAGGAGUGAACCGGUUCAACGCCUGCUCCUGGGAGCGGCUAGGCCCUCUGCUGGACCGUACUCACCGUUGCUUCAUCUUUUAAAGUAUUUAAAUGUGCACAGAUACGGCCUUUAUUGAGCAUACAAGGCAAACUCAUAAUUUAACAUCAGGCUUUUCAGAAGCACGUACCAAAAGAUUGGAAAAAAUAGAUUUUCUAUAAAAGAAAGCACCCGUUC